AUGCAUUUAAUGAAUGAAUUCGUUUCAGCUUACCACUAUUUUCUGACUGUAACCUUUUUCUUUCAUCCCAGAGGCAACAGAAGAACCACAAAAGAGGGAUCGACCAUUUUGAAAAGCCAGGACCUUGGUCUAACCCCAAAUAGAUCAUGGCCCCACAUCACUGCUGAAGCAGGUCAGCACAGAAUUAUUUCUGAGGAUUGCUCCAGCUAUGACAUGACCAUUGCAAAAGCGGCUGAUGGAGCAAAAGGCAGUGGAGGGGAAGACUAUGAAGACCCCAAGACAUUUCCUAUGAGAGGAUUUCAGUCGGUGAAAAUCUUACCUGCCAGACCUAUAGAGGAGUCACAAUAUGCAGAUACACGCUGUUUCCAAGAAAUGAUGAAUUCUCACAUUUCAACAGACAUUGAGACCAAUGUUUCCAUGCAGCCUUGGAACUUCCAGAUGAGAUCAGAAGAGGGAAUGCAGAUUUUAGCGGAUAUCAGAGAUUUAAAUCUUAAAGGAGAAAGUGAAGCCAAAGGAAUCCAGAAUCCUUUGCCACCUCCUCGGCCUCCAAACAGCCUUCCAAAGAAAUAUCGAUCCCUUCCUCCUGAACCAGAAAAGAGUAGGCUCAUUCUAGACCAAAGAAAUGAUUUCCUAAAAGCUGACAGAAGCACCAGACAGAUCAGUUUGAAGGAUUUAAGCGAUGUGCAUCAAGGAGAUAAAGUUCCAGAUCACCUGAAGAGGCCUGUUGUGCCUUGCCAGACACAGCAUCAUCUGAAGGAUCAUUCUGUUCCUGUUGCCAGUUCUCUGUUUAUGAUGGCUGACCCAAGUUUUCAAGGCAAAGGGCAGAAAGUAAGCAUGCACCCACCCUCACUCCAGAGAUCCCCACAACCAGCACUUGGCAGCCUUCUUGAAGAUAAGCCUUUGCAUACCAGUUUGCAUCAGAAGAAGCCAUGUCAUGGCAAAUCCAGCAAAAAGAGAGAGUCUCCAGAUCACAGACACAACAAGGACCAGCAUCAGGCUUCCAAGAAGCAUGAGUGGUAUUUUGGAGAAUUAAGCCGACAGAAAGGGGAAGAAGCUUUGAUGGAGGAAAACACUGAGGGGACCUUCCUGGUUCGAGACGGCUCCAAGAAAUCAUUGGCUGAACCCUAUGUUUUGGUGGUGUUUCAUAGAGAUAAAGUAUAUAACAUUAAGAUCCGUUUCCUGGAGAAGAGUCAUCAGUUUGCCCUUGGGACAGGACUCAGAGGAAAUGAUAAAUUUGAUUCAGUAGAAGAUAUAAUUGAGUACCACAAAUUCUUUCCUAUUGUGCUUAUUGAUGGGAAAGAUCAAACAGGAACCCACCGAGAGCACUGUUAUCUCAAGCAACCUCUCUCACCUGGCAGAAUCUACUCAUCCUAAGAGGGAAUGAGGUCUUUAUUUUACCUUUAUUUCAACAGAUCUGGUAUUCAUGACAUUCUGCAGAGUUCAAGAGAUGACCAGUUGAUUUUAUUAUGAGUGGAAGAUGGACAUUCUCCAGUAAAAACUGAAAAUAUGUGCUCUGAAAAAUAUUUCCUUAACAGCUUAUGUAAUAUCUAAGAAUUAUUAAACUGGAGAAUGAACAAUUAUAACUUAGAGCUUUAGUUUAGAAAUUUUUGGGCAGCUAGGUGGCACAGUGGAUAAAGGUCUGGCCUUGGAGUCAGGAGGACCUGAGU